AUGGGAUUUCUUCCAAUUCCUAAUAUGCCUUGCAACUCCGAUGAUCGAGAUUCUGAUCAAUCACGAUCUAGUAAUCUUGGUUCAAAUUCUUCGUCUUUUAAUUCUUCCCUCUACUCCCAAUAUAGUUUACCAUCCGUUCCUUCUCUAACGCCCUCGACUCAACAAGUUGAACACCCCGCCGUGGCCUACCACCGCCACCUAGCAACCCUCAACGGCCCCUCCUAUGUUUUUUCCCUCGCCCUAGCUGGAAAACACCUCUAUAGCGGCUGUUCCAACAGCGAAAUCCGCGUAUGGAGCUCUGAUCCGUCCUCCUCGCCCAAAAAUCCGUCCUAUGAUACAGUUGGGGAAGGAUACAGUGCUGUUAAGUCCAUACUAAUCUUGGGUGAUAAGCUGUUUAGUGCUCAUCAAGAUCACAAAAUUCGGGUAUGGAAAAUUGAUCAAAUCACAACCCAUCAAAAGUACAAGUGUAUCGCAACAUUACCAACGGUUAAUGAUCGUUGCGUAAGAUUAUUUUCUGCCAAGAAUUAUGUACAAGUUCGUAGACACAAGAUAUCCACUUGGGUCCAUCAUGUGGAUGCAAUAUCAGCACUGGCUUUAUCGAGAGAUGGAUCUUUACUGUAUUCCGCUUCUUGGGAUCGAACAUUCAAAGUAUGGAAAACCUCGAAUUUCGAUUGCCUAGAAUCAGUGUGGAAUGCACACGAUGAUGCAAUCAAUGCUAUAGUAUUGUCGAAUGAUGCGCAUGUUUAUACAGGUUCCGCAGACAGAAUGAUCAAAGUGUGGAAGAAAAACGAAGGAGACAAGAAGCAUUUACAAGUGGCUACACUAGAAAAACACAAAUCAGCAGUGAAUGCUUUGGCUCUAACAACCGAUGGCAUCAUUCUAUACUCCGGUGCCGCCAGUGGUGGAUCGAUAAUUGUGUGGGAAAAAACCGACAGCGACAGCCGCCAUAUGGCAGCGGCCGGGGCUCUAAAAGGUCACAACAAAUCCAUCUUGUGCUUGACUAUUGUUUCAGAUUUGUUGUGCAGUGGAUCAGCUGAUAAAACAGUUAGAAUUUGGAGGAGAGGAAUUGGAAAAAAUCAUUCUUGUUUGGCAGUUUUUGAAGGACACAAAGGUCCAGUCAAGUGCUUGGCUGCGGCUGUAGACAAUAAUCAUAGUGGGGAUACUACUGGUUCUGGAACUUCUUAUUCAGUUUACAGUGGAAGUUUGGAUUUUGAUGUAAAAAUUUGGCAAAUUUGGGUCCCCUCUGGGAUGUUUCUUCAGACAAUCUAG